UGAGUGUCGGUUCUUUUAGUCUCGGCUUUGCUUUGCCUUGCUUGGCACGGUGGACUACUACUUCAAACGUGGAAAGUGAGCUGAGCUGUUUCGCCCACGUAUAAAACAGAGGGCCAUGAACAAGAAGGCACCUUGGCUCUUUAGCUCCAAGUCCAAAGGUCUCGUCUCCAUCCACUGUUCCGUCAAUCUGCAGUGAUAAGUACGUUUGAUGAGAAAGAAGAGAACUUGUUGGAAGAUUUGAGCUCCUUUCUGGAUUUGGGUGUCAGCUACAUUCUUCAAUUUCCUCAUCCCUCAGUGGGGGCUAAUCGCGCAGCAAAAUGGCUGAUGCAAGAUUUAGGACAUGGCUGUGUGUUAUACUGAGCAUACAGAUCUUGCUCAAGUCUGAUGCCUUUAAUGUUGGGAUUACGUAUGUCCAAAAUGCUGUGGCGAAAGGAGGUGUUUGUUUGGAUGGUAGCCCUCCGGCUUACCACUUCGAUAAGGGAUUUGGAGCUGGCGCUAACAAUUGGCUCGUUCACUUUGAGGGAGGAGGAUGGUGCAACAACGUCACCACUUGCCUCGAUCGAAGGGAUACGCGGUUAGGUUCAUCAAAGCAUAUGGUCAAGGAAGUUGUUUUCUCCGGUUUACUCCAUAACAAACAAAAAUUUAAUCCAGACUUCUAUAACUGGAACAGAAUCAAGGUCAGAUACUGCGAUGGAGCUUCAUUUACUGGGGAUGUGGAAGCAGUAGACCCCGCCACUAACCUUCACUUUAGAGGAGCGAGGGCUUUUGUAGCGAUUAUUGAGGAUUUACUUUCGAAAGGGAUGAGUAAGGCGCAAAAUGCUAUUCUUUCUGGAUGCUCAGCUGGUGGAUUGACUUCAAUACUGCAUUGUGAUAGAUUCCGAGCUCUCGUCCCUGCAAGUGCCAAAGUCAAAUGCCUUGCAGAUGCUGGCUAUUUUAUCAACGCGAAGGAUGUUGCUGGGACUCCACACAUUGAAACUUUCUACAGUGAAGUGGUUGCAACACAUGGAUCAGCCAAGAAUCUACCAACUUCCUGUACAUCCAAACUGAGACCGGGAUUGUGCUUCUUCCCUCAAAAUGUGGCUCAGCAAAUUCAGACCCCGUUCUUCCUUAUUAAUGCCGCCUAUGAUUCGUGGCAGAUUAAGAAUAUUUUGGCGCCUGGAGUGGCCGAUCCUCAUGGAACCUGGCAUAGCUGCAAGCUCGAUAUCAAUAAGUGCUCGCCGAAUCAACUCGAAAUCAUGCAAGAUUUCAGGCUGCAGUUCUUAAGCGCACUGAACGGUGUUGGAAAAUCUCCAUCGAGAGGAAUGUUCAUUGAUUCUUGCUAUGCUCACUGCCAAUCCGAGAUGCAAGAGACAUGGCUGAGGAACGACUCUCCAGCACUGGCGAAGACAUCGAUCGCAAAGGCAGUUGGAGACUGGUAUUACGACCGUAGUCCGUUCCAAAAGAUCGAUUGCGCUUAUCCCUGCAACCCCACUUGCCACAACCGGAUUUUCGAUCCCAAUGGACACCCUGAAAACAUUGCUCCUCAAUCACAUGAACCCAGUCUCAGCAGCCCGAAUCCAGCAUACAAAAGCCCAAAAAUGCGACUUCUGAUUCGGUCGGUUACUUUCUUAAUUUUCAACAUCUACUCCGGAAUGAAUAGACUGCUCUAGAAUUAUCGCAAUCUGAAAAUGGGAAGAAGUUCCAGGGGUCACACAGCAAGCCCACUGAUCUACAAUUCAAGUGCAUGAGGAGCGAAAAAGAAUUCAGAUUGACUUCUAAAGGUCAGCAGAGCCCAAUCAAUAGCAAGAUUACACACCUUACGAAAUGUGAAAGACACCCUUCUUGAACUUCUUUUGAUAACCUUGUCCAUUACUAUGUCAAUCUGCAAAACCACAAGAUCAAUAUCUAUUAGCACGGACAUGCUCUCAUGCAUUACUGGGACAUACGGAUACUCUAUUCACCUUGUCUAUAAAUGCCCACGCCAUAUAUAGAAAUUGCAGAUACUCUAAACUUUAUUGUUGUUUCUAAACGUCGCUCUCUUCUAUUACCAUUGAAAUCUCCAAAUGUAUAAUAGUGAAAGAUCAAUGUCCCACGGAAAGAAAAUUCGCAA